ACCGUUUCCCAACCGGAUUAAACCUUUGAGCGUUGUAUUAGAUUUCACCUACCUCAACUGUCGAAAUGACUAGUCAGAGCCAGUCACCAAAAUCAACCUGGACCAACUUCUACCGUUGGAUCCAAAAGCCUUGGAAAUCACUGUCGAUCGCCAGACAAAAUAAGGACGCUCUGCAAGUAGACCCUUUUGCAGCCACCCAGGAAGCAAUCGCCAAAAACAGCAAUUACCAUCAGAUAUUGGGAAACAACCUACAGCCAGCUGUAUGCGAGCUUUCAUCGGGACAACGAGUUCUGGGCUACGUGUGCGACGUCGACUGGACGGCACGUCGAGUCCUGGUGGAUUUAGCUGGUCACCUUGCACCUCGGUGGUUGCCCAUCGUGAAGGUUCAAAAGCAUCAGGCGGUCAGAACUGGGGAAAUCCACUCAGGAACGCCAGUCGUAGCAGCGUGGCGGCUGAGCGUCGACCAACCCUACGUAUUCCAACCGGCGCAAAUUAUUUUCCCCGAUACUCCCGGAAAUUCGGGUCCAAUCUGUGUGGAAGUGACACCACCGGGCGGCAGUACUCCCGCUCAGAAGUUCCUCCAUCCUAUACAGCUGCGGAUUGUACCGAACGAUCCGAGAAACCACUGGGAAAUCGAUGAAUCGCUCUCCGUGGUCGAAUACUGUCGUUUGCUGCAGCAUCAGACGGCGUUACUCGAUCCCGGUCAGGAUGCGGGAGAUGUUUGUUUGCAGCACUUAAUGUGGGCAAUGAACGACUUCACUUGGAUGAAAGUGGUGCGGAUAUGGACAAACAAAAAAUGCGUUCACUGUGUCUACUCGAAAAACGGACCUGGCUUUUUUGAUGAGAGGGACUUGGGAGGUCUUGUCCGCAGAUCGUACCCGUGUCGCGCCAUUGUCCCCACAGCUUUUCCAGAUGACAACACUUAUCCCAGCGGCAAUCGUUGCGCUUCUUUGACAAAGCUGCCGUAUGAGCUGCAAGAGUGUAUUUUGCUGGACUUCCAAGACGUUCACAACCUCGUUAGUGCUCAGAGCGUCUGCAAGACCUGGUACCAUAUUCUAUCUGGUUCGCGGCGCAACCACCAUGUAACGGUCGAUUUGGCCAACCUAACAUCAGAUGGCCGCUCUCAUCUCCUCAACGUCCUCGAUAACGCCGUCACAAAGGAGACCGUGUCCCUGACAUUAAAGAACGGUUAUCUCGGCCCGGAGCUGGACCUGUUCGUCUUUCGGUUUUUGGCAUUAAAGGUCACGCAUCUGCCGAUGAUCGUCUUGAAAACUGUUCGGUGCUUUCAUGUUGUUGCGCAGAACGACGAGCAAAAGCGCCCGGGCGAGGCCAAUCUCGGUCACUGGACACAGGCUUGCCAAGUACUGCAUCUGCGUGACGUCACUAUUGGAACGGUGUUCCGCUCGGUCGCCGGGUUGUGGUACAUAGCUGACACGGAGCAGGCCGAUGUUGUUUUCGUUGAGAAAGCCGUGCUGCAAUGUAAGCCCGGAAAAGCGGUUCGAUUAUGAAAAUUUUCCAGGAUUUUAGAAGCCAACUCCCAUAAGUCCGAUUGGGAAGGGAAAGCAGUUGAUGGAGCAGUUGCAACGCG